AUGCCAAACAUGCGCGGAGAUGCUAUGCGUGGUUUAGCGGUCUUUAUAUCAGACAUUCGAAACUGUAAAAGUCGUGAAGCCGAACUAAGACGUAUUAAUAAAGAAUUAACAAAUAUUCGACAAAGAUUUCGAGCGGAUAAAACUCUUGAUGGAUAUCAAAAGAAGAAGUAUGUGUGCAAAUUAUUAUUCAUUUUUCUACUUGGUCAUGAUAUCGACUUUGGUUACAUGGAAGCAGUUAACCUGUUAAGUUCGAACAAAUAUACGGAAAAACAAAUUGGCUAUUUGUUCAUUUCUGUCAUUAUGAAUUCCAGUUCGGAUAUGAAACAAUUGAUCAUCCAAAAUAUUCGUAAUGACAUACAAAGUCGCAAUCCGAUAUUUAUCAAUUUAGCAUUACAAUGUGUGGCAAAUAUUGGAGAUCGAGAAAUGGCUACUGCUUUUACAAACGAUAUUCCUCGUCUACUGGUCUCAGGAGAUACAAUUGAUCCUGUGAAACAAUCAGCUGCUCUCUGUUUGUUGAAACUUCAUCGAACUAGUCCGGAAUCGUUACAAUUGAAUACAGAAUGGACUGCAAGAAUUAUUCAUCUCCUCAAUGAUCAACACUUGGGCGUUGCAACAGCCGCUGUUAGUUUAAUUGAUGCAUUGGUUAAACGCAGUCCGGAUGAAUACAAAGGCUGUGUUAAUUUGGCUGUAUCGCGUUUAAGUCGAAUUGUGACAUCAUCGUAUACGGAUUUUCAAGAUUACACAUAUUAUUUCGUGCCAGCACCAUGGUUAUGUGUUAAACUAUUGAGAUUAUUAGAAAACUAUCCUCCACCGGAGGAUCCAUCGAUUCGCAGCCGGUUAAAUGAAUGUCUUGAUACAAUCCUUAACAAAGCCCAAGAGCCAUUAAAAUCGAAAAAAGUGCAACAUUCAAAUGCCCGCAAUGCUGUUUUAUUCGAAGCAAUCAAUUUGAUUAUCCAUAUGGACUGUGAAUCAAGUUUACUUGUGCGUGCUUGCAAUCAGCUUGGCCAAUUUCUACAAAAUAGAGAAACAAAUCUUCGUUAUCUGGCUUUGGAAAGUAUGUGUCUAUUAGCUGCUUCGGAGUUUUCACAUGAAGCAGUGAAGAAACAUCAGGAAACAGUUAUUAAUGCAUUGAAAAGCGAACGAGAUGUUAGUGUGCGUCAACGUGCUGUUGAUCUUCUUUAUGCAAUGUGUGAUCGAUCGAAUGCCGAAGAUAUCGUCCAAGAAAUGUUAACUUAUCUCGAAACAGCUGAUUACACAAUCCGAGAAGAAAUGGUCCUGAAAAUCGCUAUUUUAAGCGAGAAAUAUGCUGUUGAUUAUAAAUGGUAUUUGGAUAUCAUGCUGAAACUAAUUCGUAUUGCUGGAGAUUUCGUUUCCGAGGAGGUUUGGUAUCGUGUUAUUCAAGUAGUCGUCAAUCGAGCUGACGUUCAAAGUUAUGCAGCUAAAAUCGCUUUCGAAGCUCUACAAGCACCCGCUUGCCAUGAGAAUAUGAUUAAAGUUGCAGGAUAUAUCCUUGGUGAAUAUGGUAAUUUAAUCGCGCUUGAUCCGCGAUCAACGCCGAUGGUUCAAUUUGAAUUACUUCAUACAAAAUACCAUCUUUGCUCGCCAACGACACGCUCUUUAAUCUUGUCGACUUACAUGAAAUUCAUUAAUUUAUUUCCUGAAAUCAAAAUGCAUAUUCAAGAAAUUCUUCGUCACGAUUCAAAUUAUCGUAGUUCGGACGUUGAAAUUCAACAGCGUGCUACUGAAUAUCUUCGAUUGAGUGAAAUCUGCAGUCCAACGGUAUUAGCCACUGUUCUAGAAAUUAUGCCGCCUUAUCCAGAAAAACAAUCGCCUUUGCUCGUCCGUCUUAAACAAAAGAAACCUUUGAUGGAAGCAGAUACUAGUAGUGAACUUUCAACUGCCCCCAUCGCACAAUCUGGCGAUGGUCCAAAACUCACUGAUACGGCUAUGCACCUUCACCAACAGCAACAACAAAAUGGGCUGCUUGUUUCUCUUGACACAACGGAAUCCAAUGGUCAUUAUGAAACAUCGGCAUCUUCUUCACUUCCAUCAUCAUUGUCAUCUUCAUCAGCUGCUUUGCAAACAAACAAGAAAUUUUUGUUCAAGAAUAGUGAUAUCAUCUUCGAAAAUGAUAUCUUGCAGAUAGGUAUCAAAGGUGAACCAAAGAAGAGUGUCUUACAUGUGGAAUUUUACUAUGGAAAUAAAACGAAUUUUAAUUUAACCAAUCUGUCGGCGAGCAUAAGUCUUGCGGACGAAUUAGAUCCAGAACUUCGAAUUCAUAUGGAGCCUGUUCAAACGACUCUUGAUCCACGAGCACAAAUCAAACAAGUGGGAACGAUUGAAUGCUUGAAAGAUUAUCGAGACUUGCCAAAAAUGAGUCUUUCAUUUUUUUACAGCAAUGUUCCACAGAAAAUUGAUUUUGUACUUCCAGUAUAUCUUAAUAAAUUUAUCGAAAAAGCAGAAAUGGAUUCGAAUAAUUAUUUUCUUCGUUGGCGAAAUCUUGACAAACCUGAUCAAGAAUGUCAAAAAAUCUUCCCCGCGAAGUUUCCCAUGAGUCACGACGUCUGUGCUCAAAAGCUCGAAGGUUUCGGUUGGAGUAAUUUGCAUAACAUCGAUGUGAAUGCGGAUAAUUUCUGUGGCGCUGGUAUUUUUCAUACAUCUGCACAACAAGUUGGCUGUCUCUAUCGACUCGAACCUAAUAAACAAGCCAAAAUGUAUCGGCUAACUAUUCGCGCGAGCAAAGCUGGUGUUGCUAGUCAUUUAGCUGAAUUACUCGAAGACCAAUUCUAA